UACUGGUUUUGACGCUGCUACUGGCCAAUAUCUUGAAGUACCCAUUGAUCAGGCGGGAACAUACGUUAUUCAGGACCCUGGCUUAAUUGCUGGAACGCAGCUGCAACUAAGCAAUGUUAUACAAGGUGGAAAAAGCCUUCUUAAACCUGAGUUAGCGCAGCAUCUGACUCAAUCUGGAGGUUACAAAGUAAAUAAUGUUUACUCAUCUAUUUUAUGA